GGGAAAGGGCGGAAGUGCGUUCGAUAGCAGGAAGUACAGUUAACAGCAAUGGCAAAACAUCUCUGGAAACUUUUUGGAGCAUAAACAGGAUUGGAAACUGUCCUAUACAGUGAAGUUUUUUUACCAGCGAUUUACAUUUUAUAAGCAAAUGCUGAAAUAGUGUUGCGACAGUCGUUUAAAAUAUGAGAAAGCUAAAGCGUGGGUCAUGUGCUUUGUUUGUUUACACGAUGAAACAGCUGAUAUGCUAAUAUUAGCCAGCUGACCAGACAGGUGAAAAAUCUGUGAUAAGAACUUAAAAUGACCACGUAAUUGCAUCGACUUGACUGAAAUAUCAUGUAAACCUAAACUGCCUACUCUGUUGAUGAAAGAAUGUCAAGCUAAAUGUCCCGAGGCUUACAUCUUGUGAGACGAGUUAAAUCGUUUAGUGACACGGCCCUGCGUGAGAUUGAAAGGCCUUCAGCUUCUACAUGACAAAAUGCCGUGCUCUUGCGGGAACUGGAGGAGAUGGAUCCGUCCGCUGGUGGUCUUUUUGUACAUUUUACUUUUACUGGUGGUUCUGCCCCUGUGCAUAUGGGAACUGCAGAAAUCAGAGGUUGGGACUCACAAUAAAGCCUGGUUCAUUGCUGGGAUAUUUGUCUUCAUGACCAUACCUAUAUCAUUAUGGGGUAUUCUGCAGCAUUUAGUGCACUACACCCAGCCUGAACUUCAGAAACCAAUCAUUAGAAUACUAUGGAUGGUCCCAAUUUAUAGCCUUGACAGUUGGAUUGCGCUGAAGUACCCGAGUAUAGCCAUUUAUGUGGACACAUGCAGGGAGUGCUAUGAGGCCUAUGUCAUAUAUAACUUCAUGACGUUCCUGCUAAAUUACCUGGAGAACCAGUACCCCAGUCUGGUGAUGAUGCUGGAGGUCCAGGAACAGCAAAAGCACCUGCCCCCCCUCUGCUGCUGUCCUCCCUGGCCUAUGGGAGAGGUUCUGCUGUUGCGGUGUAAGCUGGGAGUGCUGCAGUACACAGUUGUCAGACCGGUCACCACUGUCAUUGCCUUGAUCUGUCAACUCUGUGGCGUGUAUGACGAAGGCAACUUCAGCUCCAAAAAUGCAUGGACAUAUCUCGUGAUCUUCAACAACAUGUCACAACUGUUUGCCAUGUACUGUCUGGUGCUGUUCUACAGAGCUCUGAGAGAUGAGCUGAGUCCAAUUAAACCGGUCGGCAAGUUCCUCUGUGUCAAGAUGGUGGUCUUUGUCUCUUUCUGGCAAGCUGUGUUCAUUGCGUUGCUGGUUAAAGUUGGAGUCAUCUCAGAAGAACAUACCUGGGACUGGAAGAGCGUGGAAGCUGUAGCCACUGGUUUGCAGGAUUUUGUCAUCUGUGUGGAGAUGUUCCUGGCAGCCAUAGCACAUCACUUCAGCUUCACAUAUAAGCCUUACAUCCAGGAGGCUGAGGAGGGAUCCUGCUUCGACUCCUUCAUGGCCAUGUGGGACAUAUCUGAUGUGAGGGCCGAUAUUUCUGAACAGGUUCGCAAUGUUGGGAGAACUGUCAUGGGUCGCCCGAGGAAAUCUUACUUUGGCGAGGACGGGAAUGAUGGGGAGCGCUCCGGCCUCCUGUCCUCCGCCUCUCAGGACGCCAUCACGGAGCAGCUCUAUAACUCCGGCUCCUCCAAGGGUCAGUACGAGGGCCUGGGUCGGACUCACACCCCCCACUCUGUCUCUGCCCCUGCGGGACUCAACUCUGCCCAGUGGGACGAGGGCUACGAGGCCACGGCUGAAGACUCCCAGGAACAAGACCGAAGGACGAGCCAAAGUGGACAGCCAGCAGAGGGCGAUCUAAUUGUGAUUAAUUAACAGAUUAAAUCAAACUUUUAGUUUAAAACUGACAAUAUUGGCUUGAAUAAAUGCAGCACCGGGAGGACCUUUCUGCAAGUGACAGCUCAAGAAUGUUACGCUAGUAAAUGGUAAGGAUGUAACAAUACCCAAAUCUUGCUGUACACAAUUAUAUUUUUAAUUUUACUUUGGAGAGGCUAAAAAGAAUUGUAGAUAGACUACUUUUCCUUUUUUAAAAGCCUGUAAAAUAGUUCAGUGUGAAUCUUUACUGGCAUAAUCCAAAUAACUGUGAUUUAAAAGCGGUUAGUAACAGUUAUUCGUUCAUUCAGUAUGUACUGAAAUGGAGCUUUACAGUCCCGCCCACUUCGAAGUCUGCUCUGGUUCCAGAAGUAAGUUUUCCAUAAAGUUUUCCCAUACACUAUUCGGAAUAUUUUAACAUUAAGAGUUCAAAGACACAAUGUAGGCUAACCACCUACGUAGUAACUAGUAUCCAUAACACGUCCAAAAAGCACAUUUAAAACACACGAACAGCAAAAUGUUUUAAGAGCUUACACAAUAGAUCUUGUGGUUAGUGUUUAGUUACCUCAUCGCUGAUCAGCUGAGCAAGUUUUCAACCUUUCAUAUACAUUUUGUAUAGAGCAAAGGAUCAUGGUCUUUGUAAUUCCCUGUUUGUCCAUCAAAAGGAACAAGGAAAGUUCAAGGAACUUGUAAUUUGACUUAUUGUGACAUCCACAAUAUUACUAAGAGACUUUUGGCGAUCGGUCACGAUAUAUUGGUUAUUGUUACAUCCUGAGUAAGUGGGAGAUAUACUUUCUUUUGGUAGUAUAGAGCACAGUUUAUCAGACUACUGUUACCCACACAGUACAGAUCAGCUCCGUCUGAACAUGAUAGCUAAAUCAUAAUGACAACUCACUCAAUUGGCAUUUACUUGGCAAUGACUCAGAUUUAAAGCAUCUUUAAGCACAUAUAAAACAUUCAUUUGUAUAUUUUGAUUGAUUUUUCAAUAUUUUCAUUUUUAAUAACUACACCUUGAUUUUCUGUCAACCUUACACAUUUUUACAGUUUAGGGGAUUCUACAAGCAUCAAAUUUCAGCAUGUUUGCAAAGUACAGGUUAGCAUGCCUCAGUACAUUUCCUCAUAUUGUAAAUAAUUGGCGAUAUUUACGUUAACAAAAACAGGAUGAACUUAAUAAAGUGGUAACUGGCAAGUGAAUGUGCAAAGGACCAAGUAUGAACAUAGGCCUGUCACGAUUAUUACUUUAUCGUCUUGUAACUGAUAGCUGGAACACUAUAUUUUGGGGCUUCUGUACAUUUUCUUUGCAAAUGUGUGGAGUUUUUUGUCAAUAUUUUUGUAAAACUAUAUAUGUUGUAGAGGGUUGAAUAAGUAACGUCUAUGGCUAGUUAUUGGUUCAUUUUGCUGGUUUAUUUCUCACAUCUUGAGCAUUUAAAUCGUAAUGGUACUGUGCAUUUAAAAAAAGCUUUAUUUGUAAUUGGGAUUAGCCUGCUUUAUAGUUAUUGUGUCAGAGGUAGGGUUGCCAAAAGUAUCGAAAAUCAGAUGCUUAUUUGGGCAAGUAUGAUACUAAAAAGUCACAUUCACAGGACAAAAAUGAACCUUUCCUCAGUGCUUUAGAUGAUCUUGAGCUGUAUCAGAACUACUAUAAUAGCACAUAGACUAGUGUACACCUGUGGACCACUAUGGAACCUACCGACUGAGGGAUUACACAGAUAUAACGCCACGUGGUAAUAUAAAAGAAAUGGUAUUACCGGUAUUUAAUGCUGAAAAUCACAUUCUAUUGUCUAAAGAAAGAGGUUGUGGUAUCGGAUUUGGCAUUGAGUCUAUUCCUUAGUAUUAAAAUUGAGUUUGUAAUUUUAGCAUCGUGACAAAACUAGUCAGAGUCAAGUAGUUUUAAUAUUAUUGUUUAUUUCCAUAUUUUUCUGUAGCUUCAAAAAUGAUUGUGACAGGCCUAUGAACACCAUGCACAGUUAUUACAUUUUAGUAAACUAACUAAGCAGCUGUUCACUGUACUAUGGAACUUUUAUCUACUGUAUAUUUAAUUAAUUUUUUGUUAAUUGUUUUUAGCUUUUAGACUCUAUUCACUCUUGCAGCUUCAGCUUCCAGGUAACUCAUGCAGGGAUAUAUGUGUAAGUUAGAUUUAUAAAGCAAAGUCAUCACUCUUAGAGCCUAUGGUGCACAUGAGCAGCUCGAGCAUGUUGCAUUGCCUUAUUUUAUUUUUGUAAAGAAGACUGACACCAGAGCGGGUCUUAAUGUUUCUCAUCGGAGUUUAUUCAUCUGUAAAUCUUGAAUAAAUCUUUCAGAUAAAAUGGCA